CCAAGCAAAUCACCUUCCAAGCAAAUCACUUUAUUAAGAAGCCCAAAAAAAAAAAAAAAAAACGAUGUCGGUUUUCAAAAUGGAUUCGGACACAUACUUCAUCCGCGACUUCGUCGGCCAGCCCACGGACCUUCAGGUCUACGACUACAUGGACCAGCACACCGACUUCGAGAUGGUUCGCCACAGCGGCUCGCGUUGGCGCCAGCCGACGAUCGUCGGCCUUUCCCCCAGGGCGCAGUUCAAAGCCUUGGAGGUUUUCGGCGUGACGAUCGGAGGCGACCAGUUGAAGGAGCUGGUCAAAGAUCUGAGCUUCAGCAACUCGGCUGGCGAAGCUUUCCAUUUCUGUGUCAACCGUCAGGGCCUCUGCUUCUUGAUCGUGUACAGUCAGCCGAUCGUGCGGCUGAGGAUCAACGACCGUUUCGGUUGGUCGAGGUACGGGGUGAAGCCACAGCUUAGCAGCCGUGCUAUAUUGUGGAGCAUAUGUGACAUGAGCAACGGCGCCGUUUUGGUCCCGCCGAGUAGCGCGGUGGAUCCGCUCGAGGAUGGUACGGCUGGUGGGAAAUCGGUGAUGCACAGCUGUUGGAAGAAGUUGGUGGAGGAGAAGAACAAGGUGAUCGAGGAGAAGGAGAAGCUCAUGGAGAAGACGGAGUCGCUGCUGACAAAGUCGCUGGAAGAGAAGGAGAAGGAGGUGGUUUCUCUCAAGGCUGCCUUGGAAUCUCUUGGCCGAUCCUACUAAUUAAUAUGUUAUAAAUACAUGCAUGGAUUUUUUUUUUUCUUCUAGCUAGUCUCUAUUGAUUUCUGUGACCAUUAUUACGUACUGUUGGUGGUUUAUGUUUACUCUAUAUAUAUGAAUUACUCCGUUUGGGUUAUAA